ACAUUAAUAGAGAUGUUCUUAGCAAUUUUGAGGACAACAUUUAGCCAUUCAGAAAAACUAAACCCUUGUUGGCUGCAAAAGGAAAGCGCAAACCGGCUUUAUCCUCUCCGUCCCAACCCAUUGGACUCUACCGACCGAAAUUCGGGUAUCCGGUAUUCGCCCCAUCAGAAUCGCAUCAGGCGCCGACGAUCAACGACUAUCUCGGAAUCCAUCAAUUCCACUUCGCCGGAAGCGAGAAGUAAACUCAGAUUUUAAUUUUGCUUCGUCCCAAGAAAGAUCAGAGGCCAUCAUCAUUUAUGGGAAUCUCCAAGCAGGGACUAAAAGACGAGUCAGCCAAUCUAUCCAACACGUCCACUCUGAAGAGCGAUUUCAACUCGGAAACAGAUACCAUUGACGAAGGCCCGCCGCCGCCGUCGACGCCUGGUCCAAUCCCCUUCGAAGAAGGUGAAAAGGUUCUGGCUUUUCAUCGGGACCGGAUUUAUCCGGCUAAGGUGGUGAAAUUGGAAUAUGAGGUGAAUGAAUGGCGGUUUCUUCUUCAUUACCCUGGAUGGAACAAGCAUUGGGAUGAGUGGGUUGGAGUGGAUCGCUUGAUAAAGUAUAAUGAAGAGAACGUGCGGCGACAGAAGCUGCAGAAUGAGAUGCAGAAGCAGAAAGCCCCGAAGCCUGGGCGACGGCCCUUGCUUGGUAAACAAAAAGGUUCCAGGAGGAGGAAGCAGAGAAGUGACUUGCUUGAUAAGGAUAAGGGUACUCUCUCCCUUGAUAAAUCUGCAAGUCUCCAAAUUCCAUCAAAACUGAAAAUGCAACUGAUUGAUGACUGUGAAUUCAUCACAAAUCUUGGCAAGCUUGUUAAACUUCCUCGGAAUCCUUGUGUGGAUGACAUUCUGAGCAAGUAUUGCGCAUAUAGACUAAAGAAGGAUGGGACGAUGGCCGAGUCAGUUGAAGAAAUUCUCAGAGGCCUACGUUCUUACUUUGACAAAGCAUUACCCGUGAUGCUUCUGUACAAAAGCGAGCGACAGCAGUAUGAUAUUGUGAUUAAAGAGGGUAUCUCUCCCUCCACAGUCUAUGGUGCAGAGCACCUCUUGCGCCUCUUCGUUAAGCUGCCUGAACUGUUGGCGUUUGCAAACAUUGACGAGGAUACACACAUGGAGUUGCAGCAGAGAUUAGUGCAUCUCCUAAAGUUUCUGCAAAAGAAUCAAACUGCAUUUUUUCUCUCAGCUUACUAUUCAAUGGAAGGAGCUGAAGCAAGCACCAACAAUCAGGAGACUAGCUAGCUAGCAAGGUUAGGUUCAGAAAAUUCCUGCAGAUUUAUGAAUAGGUGGUACAUAGUGUCAUCGUCGGCCAUGGAUGUAUAAUGUAGAUAGCAUAUUUCUGUCAUCAGCUUUUGCUUCUUUGGUUGUGGAGAUGCUGUAGUGUGUUUGUUUACAAUCUUUUGCUGCUGGAUUCGGGUAGUGCCACUGCCCAACUUUGAGACUGUUAUCUCUAUCGAUUCUGAUCUUUUAUCUCACUUGCAUACUAUCCCAUAAAUUGUACUUCCAUCACGAGCUUUUAUAUAUCUAAUAUAUAGUUUUGAGAGUUUAGUGAUUAGGGUUUUAGGGUUGUUUGUUUAGGAUUCAGGGUUUUAGGACUUAGGGUUGGGUUGUGGGUAUAAUUAUUAGAUAUUAAUUAGUGUUGUGGAUAUUGGUCAAUCUUAGUUGUAAUAUUAUUUAUUGAUCACCGGAUUUUUCUCUGAAAGAUUGUGAUGUGUUUCUGGUAUGUUUGGAUAUUUAUUUGAACCUGAAGAAUAUUCUUUUAGUUCAUGUGUUUGGAUAUUUGUGUGGAAUGUUGAGAUACUGGUUUUGGUGGUGUGGAUAUUUGUUAGGGUGAAUAGCUAUUAGUAUGGGUGGGCCCGAAUCUGUUUUGGGCGGGCUUUUGGGGAUUUUGGGAAAUUUGGGGAAAGAAAUCCCAAUUUGUAUCAGAAAUAGAAGUGAUGGGGCAAUUAAUGUUACAACCACUUUUUCUCUCUCAACUCUCUCAACCCCUCAUUCUUUCUUCUUUUCUCUGAAUUCUCUCUUCCUUUCUCUGACGGAAAAGUCGUUGGCGGCGGUCUUCAUCCUCCGUCGUCCAGGGAAACAUCCCUGAUGAUGAUCGAUGAUGAGGCCGAGUUAGAUCGUCCAUCAACGAGCUCGUCCCAUGAAGAAGAAGAAUUUGUUGAUGGUGUAUUAGAAGGUUUGAGUCAAAUAGAUGGUGAUUGUGUGUUUGGCUUUGAUGCAACAGAAGAAGAAGAAGAAGAAGAAGAAGAAGAAGAAGAAGAAGAAGGUGAUUGUGGAUUGACAUAUUUAUAAGUUUGUGUUGUUGAGUUUUGGUUGGGAGCAUUGAAUGAAAUUUAAUGUCUUUG